UUGUCAUAUUUUGUUAAGUUUGGGCCAAGGCCGACUUGACGUCAAGACUCUGUUUCCUCAUUUCUUCCUCCAGACCCAUCUGUCGUUAUUUUUAAGGGUUGUUCAGCAACGGUGAGUGACCCAACCACCAUCAGGUCAUCAUCAAUAUUGUCAUCACCAACAUCAUCAUGUCCAACGAUUGGGAUGAAAUCCGGCGUCUGGCCUCGGAUUUGCAGCGGGCUCAAUUGAGCGGAUCGAUUCAGCGACUCUCCGAACGAAAUUGCAUCGAGAUUGUAACGCGGUUGACUCAUUUGGGACUUGUUGACGUCGUCUACACUACCGAUGGCAAGGAAUACCUAACGCCUCAACAGCUCCACCGAGAGAUCCGAGAUGAGUUGUACAUGGCCAGAGGUCGAGUUAGUCUCGUGGACUUGGCUCACACGCUCAACGUGGAUUUUUCUCAUGUGGAAGGCCAGGCCCAAAUAAUAUCCAAGCAAGAUCAAAAAGUUCAUUUGAUUCUGGGUCAAUUGGUGGACUCGAACUACAUGGAUGCACUGGCUGAGCAAGUCAACGAGAAGCUCCAACUGGAAGGAACCAUGAACGUGUCUACUAUGGCCAAGGAAUAUGAUUUGCCGGGAGAUUUCAUUCAGGAGCAAAUCGCUACUCGUCUAGGGAGCAUCAUAGAAGGCUUCACCGACGAGCAAGAUCCCAAGGUCAUUCUGACUCCUUCGUACGUUCAAAGGAACAAGGCCAAGAUUCGGGGAGUACUGUCCGCUAUCACCGUGCCUACACCAGUGGCCAGUAUCAUCAAUAGCUACAAAAUUCAGGAGCAAAUUUUCUUCUCUUUGGCCGAGGAGCUGAUUCAGAACCAGCGGAUAUUUGGCUCGAUCGUGGGUGGCAAAAGAGCUGCCAAAGCCACUUUCAAUCCUCAAAGCUACGCCAAAGCUCAAACUCGUUGGGUGGACGAUUUCCUAACCCAAAAUGGUUACUUGGAAUUCGACGCCCUGUCGCGUUUAGGAAUUUCCGAUCCUGCCGCCUAUAUUCGCAAACGGUUCAAAGACGAUCAUCUGACUUUCCUGUCCAGCUGUUGCCUGAGCUCCCAAGUAGUCGACACCAUCGAUUCUUCGAUUGACGAGGCGUUUGUGUCCCAGAAUUGGUUAGACCUCUCCACCCUCUUACCGAGUGUUCUCUCGGAAGAAGAUGGUAAUUUGAUGUUGCGCAAGAUACUGGACAAAAAGAAACACGAUUCCAGUCAUGGACGCAAAUCUCUCGAGUAUCAGGUCUUUGGUCAGGUGGUCUUGUUUCCACAGAACAUAUUGAAUCGCAUCGAAACCUCGUUUGAUGAGAUUAUUAAGGAGCAGGCUCAAAAUGAUUUACAAAAUCAGACCUACGCUAAAUUAUUGAAUCGCAACUCGGGUGACAAAUUCGAAGUGGUGGAGAAUGAUGAUAAAAUGGACAAAAAGGAAGAGCGAAGAAAAAAAGCAACCGGCGGUAAAGGUGGCGGAGGUACCCAAGGGCGGGAAACCAAGACCAAAUCGACCAAGAAGAAAUUUGGAAAAGGGAAGCGGAACGACGAUUUCUCGGAUGACGAAGAUGAUUUGGUGUCCAAAAAGAAAGGUACGGCUAACGAUGCAAAGUCCAUCCAACUUAUGAAUAGGGGGGAACUCGAGAAGAAACUGGAAGCUAUGACUUUCCUUCACGAUUGUCCAGAGGACGUGUUUACCGACAUGGCCUCUUUCCUCCAUCCCCGUCUAAAUGAAAAGUUCAAGUCCUUAUUGGUUGAACUUUAUCAAUCCAGCCAACAAAUGUCCGUCCACGAUCGCAAGAAAACUCACAACCAGUUGCAGGAGAACUGCAAUACGAAUUUCUCCCUUUUGCGGAUUUGUGAUAAGGGGUUGAGCCACUUUGACAAUGAAGAACAAGAGCGGAAACCCUUAAAAAAGCAUCUUUUCAAGACCCUGUGCACCGACCUUUUGAACGAUGUGUUUGCUUUUAUUCGCGAUGAUCAUGAUAUCAAUGUUGGAACGGGCAAAGAUUUGAACAGUGAUCAGCGUUCAAAGAUUCUAUCUGGAGUGCCUAAAAACGUAGGGGAACCUUUGCAAGAACUCCAGAAGGCCUUAAGUGCCUCUGAGAAUGUAGAGGAGUUCCUUGAAGCGGUGGAGGAGCAUAUUUCCGCCGCCAGUGAUGUUUAUAUUCGUAAAGCGGACAAGAAAAAAGAUCGCCAAUUGGUUUUCAACCAUCGCCAGGCCAUGUUAGAUCAAUUGGAAGAAACCGAAGACCCAGCCUUAACACUUCAUUUGGCCGUGACUCUCCUCUUCCAAAUUCAUUAUGGCACGAUUCUUCAUGCUAGUGGAAAAUUUGUACCGCAAAUCCUGGGACACGUGAUACAAUUUCUUGAUGCUGAUGAUGCCCAAAUAAUGAGGGAUUUUGAACAACUUGUGUUGGAAAUGAUCACUCUCAAGGAUGCCGAUAAGCAAGCGAGCAUCAAAGAGCAAAUGUUGGAGCUUUCGCCUAAGGUUAAAUCGGUGGUAACGUCCUACAGAAAGUCAAGCUCGAAAGCCGCAGGAGAAAUGUGAAGUGGUUGAUCAAGUUCUUUUCAUGUUUAAGUUUCAUGUUAUAAAUGUUCUUAUAAAUCAGUGUUGAGAUACAUUUUUUAUUCCUUUA